AUGUUUAAGAAGGAACCGCACAUAAAAGCUUUGAGUAAUUUGAAAAACUCCGAAAGAAAGAAGUUACUUCAAACUUGUAUAAAACAAACGAACAAUGAGGAAUAUACUUUCCCCACCUCCAUUAUAAAGCAAACGAACUUCGGUGGCCAGAAGAGUGUUGGAACAGUAUACACAGAUGAAAACAAUAUACCUAUAUUAUUCAAGGAGAAACAUUGUGAACAACUAUAUCCAACUGUAUAUUCUUGCUGGAAAAAUCCUUCACUAUUGCCUAUCGUUUUAACACAUGGAUUCGUUAUAGAAGAGCAUUUAUUCAACGGUGCUAACUUGAUGAUUUCCGGUUCGAUUCCGCCUUUUGAUUCUCGUUGCAAUGUAGGUACUCUCUGUGGUGUGGCUGGUAAGCAAUCACCAAAAGUUGUUUUAGCCAUAGGUGUUGUUGAACUGGACCUACCGUCAUAUGAUAGAGUAAUCGGCGAAACAGGCGUUGCCGUAAAAGUCAUACAUCACUUUAAUGAUGGCCUCUUUAAAGCUUUCAAAGUAAAGUUAGAACCUCCUGUUGUUCUCAACACUGAAUCGGAGGAUGAAAACAUCAACAGCAAACAAACUGAGACUCCAGAACAAGUGAAGUCUGCUGACAAGUCACAGGAAAGUAUUAAGAAAACGGCUCCUGAUUUAGAGGAAGUUGCUGAAGUUUUAGAUCACUUGACAGUGUCAGAUGUAGAUUAUUUCAUUACAAGAGCAUUAUAUUAUAGCUUAACUCAAGAUAAAGGUUUAAUAUUGCCCAUUUCUGCCUCUAAAUUUAUCUCAAACCACAUUAUGCGUAAUUUGCCUCCUAUUGAUCACAAUGAAGUCAAUGUAAAGAAAUCUUCAUGGAAAAAGAGCGCAAAAUUUUUGAAACACUUUGAGAAAGAAGGCAUCUUGAAAUUGAAAGGGAAAGGAGAUGACUUAACCAUUGUGGGUAAAAAUACGGACAAGGAUGAGUUAAAGAACUUUGUGCCAUACAAGCUUGGUUGUAGUAGUCCCUCAAAAGGAAGUGGCGAGAAUGCAACUUCAAAGGAUAGAACAUCUGGAAUGAUGCAUUCUCUGACACUAUACAAACCAUUCAGUCUUGCCAAAGAUCUUUUGAGGGAGGCCAAAUUAGGCUGCGACACAUAUUAUACCUCCCAAGAUGUCAGAAACGCAGUUUCUGAGUAUAUUUCUGUCAAGAACCUAGCGGAUAAGAAGGAUAAAAGAAAAGUUGUUAUGGACGAUUUAUUAUUCAAUAUGGUCAAUAAAAAGAAGAAAACACCGGACACUACACGUAUCAUUGCUAGAUCUGAAAUUUUGCAGCCUUUGCUAAGCAAUAAUUUUACCGAAUUUUACCAAAUAUUCAGAAACGAUGAUACACUUUUAUUUAGAGUACCAAUGAAGGGUUGUCCUCCACGUAUCAAAAUUGUAACUGAAAUGAAAAUCGGUAGAAAAGUUAUCACUAAAGUUAGCAAUUUUGAAGUAUUUCAUAUUGAUCCAGAAUUGCUUGCUGCAGAUUUAAGAAAGAUUUGCAGUGGGUCAACAACGAUAGGUGAAUCACAAACGUUUAAAAGCGCUGAGGUACAGGUUCAAGGUCCACAUGGUCAGUUUAUCAUAGAUUAUCUCAACAAGUCAGGCAUCCCCAGCAAAUGGAUAGAUUUCGAGAAUAAACUAAAAAAAAAAAAAAGUAAGUAG